AUGGCGCGGCAAUUGGUUUUGCCCUCUGUCGUAAAGCCAGCUGCGCUAGGCCCUGUUUUUGCUGCGGUGCUCCUUUUCUGCGCCCUGCUCCCCGUGCGCGCCACUUCCAGCAGGGCCCUCCUCACCAGGCCCGCUGACGUCACUCCCGACGUCAACCUCCCAGACGAGGCGGUCAGCGUGCGGAAGGCGAUGUUCGACGUCACCAUAGGCGAUGGGACGCACCAUAACCUGGCGGUGUUCGUAUACGAGCUGAGUUCGCUAGACGGGGGAAGAGAGUCCCACGUAUCCCAUGAGUGCAAGAAGAACCAGGACGUGGCUCUGGUCCUUUUCCACGGUGCCACCUACAACCACCUGUACUGGGACACCCCCGUCAGCGUGGACAACUCCCCGCACUCGCAUGCAAGGUACCUCGCCAAGCAGCUCGCCACCAACAUGUUGAGCAAUAUAUCCUGGAGCCAGACGCAAAUCUCAGUUUAUGAUCAUUCCCUUCUAUUCGAAAGAAUUCCGUUCCGUUCCGUUCAGGUACCUCGGUACCUCGCGAAGCAGUGCUACUACGUACUCGCCGCAGACAUGCUGGGCACCGGCGAGUCGGACAAACCGGACGGCUUCGCCAUCGACGUUGCGGACCAGGCUCAUGCCUCUGCGGACUUUAUUCGGUCCAUCCAGAACAACCACAACCCCGCGCGCGCGAAGAAGGCCAAGAAGGUGAUUCUCAUCGGGCACAGUUUCGGCUCCAUCAUGAGUGACCUCAUCCUGGGGACUAACCCGGGCAUUGCUGACGGCUUUGUUGCGACCGGUUGGACCAACGGAUACGAGCCCAACAUGCCCAACUUCGAGGGGGUCUUCGGCGCCAUCGAUCAGCCCCCCAAUACGGUGCCCUACAUCACGCUGCCAACCGGCGGGCCCCCCUUCGGUGUGAACCUGCGCUCCGGGUUCUACGACGGCGUCGAUCUGACCACCUUCACGGCGCCGGACCCGCACCCGACCUGGACUGACGCCAUGCUGACGUACGACAGUACCAACUUGGCUGAUUUCAUCACCCACAAGAACGCGUUCCUCGACAUCAAUCCGCUGCUGGACAACCGGCGGAACAACGCCGCCAAUGCGCCGGACUACAUCUUCAACACCUUCCACACCCAUCAGGCAAGCAGAAUUGCCUUUCGGAUCACGUGCCCCGUAUUCAUCCUCUGCGGCGAGAGCGACAUCUUCGCGAACGCGGCCGGCUGCGCGGCGGGCGGCGCGUACUAUCCCAACUCCGUCAGCGUGACGUCAUUCGUGCAGCCCAACAUCGGCCACGUGUACAACCUGCACAAGACGUGCGUGCCGGGCUGGGAGAAGAUCGUGGCCUUUGUCAAGAGCAUCACUUAG